UUUUACAUUGCAGUUUAUAUUACCACAUUUACUUUUUAUUUGGUGUCCUUGAAAUGUUGAAAGAGAAAAAGAAAAAAGUGUUCAAGCUUAAGAAAAUACCGCGGAUAUUACUCAAAAAGCAAAACAAUAACAAUGCAUACAAAGAUCUCGAAGAAUACAAUGAUCACAGAUAUAGAAUUCAUACAGCAAAACCCAAAGUGGAUGAUAAGGCUGCUGCUUUUAAUUUUAUGGAAUCGUUGAACAAAAGAAGGGCCCUAGAUGAUGCCCUUGCACAAAGGCAAAUUGAUCAAGAAAAUAAAAAACUACUAAUAAGACUUUACACUAUUGACAAGCUAGGUGGGGCACAAAAUCAAUCCCAUGCUUGCAUGCAAUACAGUAAGAUUGAACAAUUUCAACAGCAUUACAAGAAGAUCUAUAUCCAAAACUUAAAAUUGUAUGAAAGAAUUAAAAACGCCAAAUCAAUCUAUGGCCAUAAGGAAAUGCGAAUCGAGUGGCAAAAAGAGAAGAAAGCCAUUGACCACAUAUCCCUGUAUGCGACAUUAGAUUCCAUAAAGAAACGAACUGAAGAUGAAAAGUUGCUAUCGAUGCCUUCAGUUUGCCAAGACUUAUUGUUGUUAGACAGCAUUCAGAAUAAACUUUAUGCAUAUCUCGAAUUUAGCAUCAAGGGAGGCAAAAAGCUGGGAAAGGUUUAUGUGCAACUAUAUCAAGAUGUCGUUCCGGUAACUGUGCAAAACUUUUACGAAAUAUGCUCCGCCAGAAAUAAAUUCGGCUACACAUAUAAACACUGCAAGGUCCACCAGAUAAAAAAAGGAUAUUAUCUUGAAACGGGUGACAUAACACAUGGCACGGGAAGGGGAGGUUCGUCCAUUUACGGCAAAAAUUUUACUGAAGAGAACCACAUUUUGAAACAUACAAAGCCGGGAGUUCUGUCUGCGUCUAGGAUCAAAUUCAACGAGAAUAAUUCGAAAUUUAUAAUUACCUUUAAUCCAAUGGAGUCGUUGGAUAGAAAAAACGUUGUCUUUGGAUGCAUCUAUAAGGGGUUGGACGUUUUACGUGUAAUGGAGGGCUAUGCAAGGAAAAUAGGCAAACCGAUUGUGGACAUUAUUAUAUCGGACUGUAAUGUGAUUGAACAAUUUUCAAUGAAUUCCACUGUAUAGAUUUUAAAUACUACUAAUAAACUAUUUU